AUGCUUAAAGAGGAGAAACCCAUCGGAUAAGAACACCACGCCAAACACAAAAAAAUCACCCAAAAUAACCAAGACGCUCAUUUUUGUUUAGAGAUACUUGGUUUCGAUAGCUCCAAGUUGAGGAUUGAAGGCGAUCCUUCGAUUGUACUGUCUUUCAGGACUCGGUCAUAACUUGAUCUGCUUCAAGAACAAUUCAAGACUAUCGUCUAUUGAUUAGUCCUCGCUUGCUUUCUUGGUUCAGUUCCCUCUUGAAAGUUCUCGUUGAAGCUCGUUUCGGGUCUUCUCUCUCUGAGCUCGCGCUUCUCUUUGCUUCUCAAUUCGCGAAGGUUGCCAUGGACAAAGGGCAGAAGAGUGCAGAGAAGGAGAGUACUAAAGGAGUAUCCGCUCCUUCUUUCAUCCCUCAGAUACCCUCAGGAAGAAAUAGCAGCCAAUAUGACGUGUUCUUGAGUUUUAGAGGCUCAGAUACCCGCAAGGCAUUCACCGAUCACCUCUAUAAUAGUCUGGUCAACAUAGGGAUUGUACCAAUUUGCGUGUUCAGAGACGAUAACAACAUCCCAAUUGGCAAGGAAUUUGGUUCAUAUAUUCUUGAUGCCAUCACAUGCUCUAGGAUUUUGAUCCUCAUCAUCUCCGAAAAUUAUGCAUCAAGCAAAUGGUGUCUCCGUGAGCUUAUUCAUAUUAUGGACUGCAGCAAGAGCACGUCACACAUAGUGUUGCCCAUUUUUUAUAAAGUGAACCCAUCACAUGUUCGGUAUCUAAAAGGUAGUUUUGGGGAGGCCUUCCAUUCAAGUAAGGAGCAUUUUGAUGAGAAGGAUAUCCAGGAAGGGCAGCGAGCACUUAGCGAAGUGAGUUACUUAAAUGGUUGGGAAUCUGAGAAAUUUGCCAACGGGCAUGAAGGAGAAUUAGUGAAAAAAGUUAUCAAAACUGUUCUGGACAAAUUGGGACGUGAUUUUCAGCUUAAUGUUACUAAACACUUAGUUGGAAUUUGCGAUCAUGUGAACAAAAUUAGAAAUUGGGUAGACACUUCUGCCAAUGAUGUGCGAAUGAUUGGAAUCUAUGGCAUGGGCGGGAUCGGUAAAACGACUCUUGCCAAGGUCAUCUACAAUGGCUUGUCGAAUGAUUUUGAGUAUCGCAGCUUCCUUUCGGAUAUUCGAGAAACAGCUCACUGCAAUGGUAUUCAUCAUCUACAAAAUCAACUAAUUAAGGAAAUAGAGCCAACCGAACGUCAAAUUUGGAACGUUGAUGAUGGAAUUAAUGUGAUCCAAUCUAGAUUGAAGGGGAAAAAGGCUCUCAUUCUUCUGGAUGAUAUAGAUCACUUGAAUCAACUAAAUGCUUUGGCUAGAGAUCGUAAGUGGUUUAUGACAGGAAGUACAAUCAUUGUUACAACCAGAUAUAAAGCUAUUCUGGAUCAAUCUGAGUUCAAGGUAGACUACAAGUACGAAUUGAAUGAAUUGGAUGAGGUGCAUUCUUUGCUUUUAUUUAACAAACAUGCAUUUCAUAUGGACCAUUCUUCAAGGGAAUUUGAGGAUAUUUCUCGUGGUAUCAUAUCCACCAUGGGUGGACUUCCCUUGGCUCUUGAGAGAGCAAAUUCGCAAUUUACAUGUGGAAGGACUGUGGAUUUUAUCCAAGUCAGGGAAUUGAAGAAUUGA